UUGUCAGCGUUGUUCUUGUUGCCUCAUGGUUUUUUUAUAGGAUUUUUGUCGUGCCUCCAAAAACCAAGGAUUCUUAUUUUUGCAACUGCUCCAGCCUCAAUGAGAGCGAAUGGAAACCGUAGAUAGAGGGCUGUAAACCACAGCCUCUGUUAUGUCGGCCUUGUGACCAAUGGUUGUUCCUGGGAUGAUGCAGACUCGGAGGACCCACCCACCUCCAGGCUGUCUCCUUUCGCUCAGCUUAGCUCUGUUCUUCCUGGAUUUCACGUCCGAAUUUGACAAAUUCUGAAAAUGAGUUACCCAGGUUACCCUCCACAAUCUGGUGGAUACCCAGGAAGUGGUUAUCCACCACAGCAAGGAGGAUACCCACCACAAGCGGGCGGCUUCCCUCCAGCAGCAGGUGGCUACCCUCCAGCAGGUGGCUACCCCCCACAGGGAGGCGGAUACCCUCCCCAGGCUGGCGGUUACCCUCCAGCAGCAGGCGGCUACCCUCCAGCAGCAGGCGGCUACCCUCCAGCAGCAGGCGGCUACCCUCCAGCAGCAGGGGGCUAUCCUCAGGCUGGUGGCUACCCUGCCCCAGGUGGAGGCUUUCCCCCUCAGGCUGGUGGAUAUCCUGGACAACCUGGUCCAGGAGGCUUCCCUUCCGUGCCUCCUGCAGGUGGGGGCUGGGGUGCAGCACCAGGUGGCUAUGGCCCGCCAGGAGGAGCUCAGCCAGGAUACCCAGGGGGCCCAGCCCCAGGCCAGCCCAUGCCUAAUUACCCCGGAGCCCCUGCCACUGGACCCUCGAUGCCUGGAUAUGGAGGAGGAGUUCCAUCCAACCCUCAGGCUCCACAAGUUCCUAGAGGAUACCGGGGCUCCAUCAAAGACUUUCCUGGGGCUGAUCCACUGAAGGAUGUUGAGGUUCUUAGAAAAGCAAUGAAGGGUUUUGGCACUGAUGAAAAUGCUAUUAUUGAACUUCUGGGCAAUCGCACUAUCAAGCAGAGGGUUCCGUUGGUGGCAGCCUAUAAGACCACAUAUGGAAAGGAUUUAGUGAAAGACUUGAAGUCUGAGCUCACUGGAGACUUUGAAGAUCUGGUUAUUGCCAUGUUGAAGACCCCAUCUCAGUUUGAUGCAUCGGAGCUCAGAGCAGCUAUAAAGGGUGCAGGAACCGACGAAGCUUGCCUGAUUGAGAUUUUGUCAUCACGUUCUAAUGCGGAGAUUCUUGAGAUCAACAGAGUCUAUAAAUCUGAGUAUGGAAAGACCCUGGAGGACGCCAUCAGCAGUGACACUUCUGGCCACUUCCGCAGACUCCUGGUCUCUCUUUGUCAGGGGAAUCGUGAUGAGAGGGAGGCCGUUGACAUCUCACUGGCCAAACAGGAUGCUCAGAAACUACACGCUGCUGGUGAAAAUAAAGUGGGGACUGAUGAGUCUCAGUUCAAUGCCAUUCUGUGUGCUCGCAGCAAGCCUCACCUUCGUGCAGUUUUCCAUGAGUACCAGCAGAUGACUGGGAGGGAAAUUGAGAAGAGUAUCUGCAGGGAAAUGUCAGGAAAUUUGGAGUCCGGCAUGGUGGCUGUGGUGAAAUGCAUCAAGAACACCCCAGCCUACUUUGCAGAACGGCUUCAAAAGUCUAUGAAGGGAGCUGGAACCAAGGACAGAACCCUGAUCCGUAUCAUGGUGUCCCGUUCUGAGGUGGACAUGUUGGACAUCAGACAGGAGUACCUGAAGGCCUAUGGAAAGUCUCUGUACACCACCAUCUCUGGUGAUACUUCUGGAGAUUACAAGAAGCUGCUGCUGAAGCUGUGUGGUGGAAAUGACUAAACGAUGGCACCCCAUCAGAACAGUGGCGACGUCCACCUUAAGCCUUAUAUCACUUCUGCUGCAUGCUGCAAACCUUAUAGCAAAUCAGUAACUAUUCUCUUUAGUGACACGACUUUUGACGAAUGACAAAUCAUAUUCUAUAAAUGUAGAAGAUGCUUGAUUAGAAAAAUAUAAAAAACAUGUGCCAUGUUAUUUCUUACUUUGCAGAUGUUCACCUUGUUCAAUAGAGUACUAUUUAAGAUUCACUAUCGAUGCAUAGUUUGCUUUAAUUUGUACUUUUUAUGUUAAAGGGAUAGCAUUACAUGCAAUAAAGUAUACUCGUAUACAAGAUAUUUAAAAUAUUAACAUUUUUACAAAAAAUAUGUUGGUUAUUACUAAUAAAGAGUCAUAAUUUAUGCAAAUUAUAUCAAUCAAACUUUGUAGAGGGCCAGACUGAAGGUUCAUGUAUUUUUUUUGGAUUAUAAGAAACAAAUAUGGGAAAUGUCUCCUUUCCAUUUUAAAGUCUUUCACUAAUUAGAAGGUAAUUCCUGCUUGCAAGUCUAUGCAAAGAGCUUUCUAUUAUCACACUAUUCUUUAUUAUUCAUAGAAAAUGUUGCCUUUCACUUUUCGAGAAGAAGCCAAAGUUUAAACAGACCGUGUUAAUGCCUUCUGUAACUGAUGGGGAUAAACAAUCUUCAUAUUUGCAUGCCUGCAAAAUGUAAUUUUACAGGAUUUGUUUGUUUGAUAAAAUUGUUUAUUUUGCCUACAUAGUUUAUUUUGUGAUUUGUAUGUUAUACAGCCAGUAGGGGGCUCCUUGUUCACAUUAAGUGCCAUUUCCAACCGCUCAUUGUUUUGCCAAUGCUGAAAUAUUGAAAGAUACUUUUUCUAUUUCAAAACUAAUCACUUUUCAUUUUAAUAAAAGGGUUUGGCGUA